GAUAUACUUUCAGUGGAAGUUUUGAUCCGUAUUUUUUUGUCAAUCCACAAUUUCCAAGGUAAACAAUGAACCUUUAAGUCCAGCAGUGUAGUUUUACAUCUUCAGGCACCUAAAAAUUAUUCAAAUGAAACAGUCUCAGAGAGGAAAAUCCCCCUUCGACUGAACUGAUCGCAACUCGUAACGCUUUAUGUUUAAGGGUCACACACAAAAAAAGUUUGGGAACCAACUGAUUCAGUCCAACAGUUCCCAAAAAACAAGAUUAGAUGUUGAAAAUUCCGUAAUUGAAGGUUCUUAUGAAAUUGCUUCAUCCGCCUAUAUUUUCAGUUUUUCACCAUGUCAGCAGUGACCAACCAGCCUCUUCCAUUUGGUCGUCUGGAACGAGAAAAGCACAUCCAGAUGAUCUUAAGAGCUUUCCAGAACCGCUGUGAGCCUUCAUGUGAGUGCCAGACUCACUCACCUGGACCCAAACCUCAGCCAACGCCUCCUGGCUGGGGAUCUGAUAAGCAGUUUUCAAGUCAGGAGAAUAUGGAGAACGGCUUCAUGCAGCCACGGGAGAAAGUGAGCAGGCCAGGGACGGAGGGGCAGAACUUCGGAGGUGCACCGAGAUCAGACUUUAUUUCCAUGCUGGAAACAGUCAGUGAGAUUCAUAUUGAUGCUCGGCCAGAGUUGCAAGGUCCACAGUGUGUUCCCAGGAGGAUCUACAGCAUCACCACAGGAGGCAGCAGGUCGCAGUUAUUUGUGGCUGUGGAAGAGAGCUCAUGUGUGUGUCUCCAGUGUUGUGGUCCAGCUCGGGCCUGUUCUUUCAAGGGCUUCGACUGUCAGGGCCACCAGGUCUUUUAUUUUGAAAGGCCCCUUAGGGUGGACGCCUGCUGCCUCAGCUGCUGCCUGAUGGAGAUGAGAGUCUACACACCUCAAAAACAUCUCAUUGGCACUGUAUGCCAGAGGUGGAGCAUGUUCACCCCUCUUCUGGAAGUAUGUGAUUCAGAAGGAGCAAACACCAUCAGAAUCCAGGGCUCCUGCUGUCCGUGCCGCUGUUUCUCCAACCAGCAAUUUCAGAUUGUCUCAAACAUUGGUGAGAAAAUUGGCACAAUAUGGAAGAAAUGGCCUGGCUUCAGUGACGAACAUAACAUGGAUCAUGAGUAUUUUGGGUUGGAGGUGCCACUGAGUGUGGAUUCACACAUUAAGCUGCUGCUGCUGGCAGCCACCUUCUUGUUGAAUCACAUGUUCUUUGAGAUGAGCUGAUCAGUGAAAAAC